AUGGGUAGUGAUAAUCGUCCUUUACACAUAUUCUUCUUCCCCUUCUUGGCUCAUGGCCAUAUUAUUCCAAUAGUUGACAUGGCCAAAGCAUUUGCUGCAAAAGGGGUUAAGGCCACCAUAGUCACCACCCCACUCAACGCACCUCUCAUCUCCAAAGCCAUAGGAAAAGCCAAAACUUAUAGCAAUGGGAUCCAUAUCCAAACCAUCAAGUUCCCCUCUGAAAAGCUUGGUUUACCUGAACGAUGUGAAAAUGCUGAUUCAGUCCCUUCACCACAUUUGUCUCCUACCUUCUUUAAGGCCACUAGGGUCCUACAAGAGCCCCUUGAGAAACUGUUACUUGAGCAGCACCCGGAUUGUCUUGUUGCUGAUUUGAUGUUUUCAUGGACAACUGAUUCUGCUGCCAAAUUCGAAAUUCCUAGGAUCGUGUUCCAUGGGAUUAGUUUCUUCGCUUUGUGUGCUAUUGAGUGCAUGCGACUCUACAUGCCUUACAAUAAAGUUUGUUCUGAUUCAGAGUCCUUUGUCAUUCCUAAUCUUCCAGGUGAGAUUAAAAUGACAAGGAAUCAACUGCCAGAUUUCCUAGUGGUUCAUGAGAGCAUAAACAUGACCAGUUUCUUUGAAGAAAGCCGCGAAUCAGAGGCCAGAAGUUAUGGGGUUAUUGUUAACAGCUUCUAUGAACUUGAGCAAGUCUAUGCAGAUUAUUACAGGAAUGUACUUGGAAGAAAAGCGUGGCAUAUAGGCCCGUUGUCUCUUAGCAACAUAGAUACAGAAGAAAAAGCACAUAGAGGAAAGGAGGCAUCUAUUGAUGAGCAUGAGUGGCUGAAGUGGCUUGAAAAUAAAAAACCCAAUUCAGUUGUUUAUGUAUGCUUUGGAAGUGUAACAAACUUCCCCGAUUCUCAACUUAGAGAAAUUGCUAUGGGUCUCGAGGCUUCAGGGCAACAGUUCAUAUGGGUCGUGAGAAAAAGCAAAGAAGAUGAAAAGGAAUGGCUACUCGAAGGAUUUGAGAAAAGAAUGGAAGGGAAGGGACUGAUUAUAAGAGGUUGGGCACCUCAAGUGUUGGUUCUUGAACAUGAAGCUGUAGGAGCGUUUGUGACUCAUUGUGGAUGGAAUUCAACUUUGGAAGCUGUAACUGCUGGGGUACCAAUGGUCACAUUUCCUGUUGCUGCAGAGCAAUUUUUCAAUGAGAAGUUGGUGACUGAAGUCCUUAAAAUUGGAGUACCUGUUGGUGUUAAAAAAUGGGUUAGAUUGGUGGGGGAUAGCACUAAAUGGGAGGAAGUAGAGAAGGCUGUGAAGAGGAUAAUGACUGGGGAAGAAGCAGUGGAAAUGAGGAACAAAGUGAAGGUGCUCUCAGGACUGGCUAGGCAAGCUGUAGCAGAAGGAGGAUCAUCUUACUCAGAUUUAAGUGCUUUAAUUGAGGAGUUGGGCUCGCUCAGGCACUGAUAUAUCCAUAAAAAUACUCUGCAUAUGUAUGUUACGUGCUCUCCUUCCAAAAUGUGUCAUUUAUGCUUAUGUUGCGUGUGUUGUU